AUGUCUCUGAAAGUCGGAAUCGUUGGCGCUGGCAUCGGUGGUCUCAGCGCCGCCAUCGCCCUCCGUCGUACAGGAGCUCAAGUUGAGAUCUUUGAGAGAUCCAAGUUUGAGAACGAAAUCGGUGCCGCCAUCACCAUCACGCCAAAUGGCAUGCGAGUGCUCAAAGAUUUCGGUUUCGAUCCCAAGUCCGCACGGGGCGUGCAAAGCAAGCAGAUGCGCAUGGUUAAUCCGUAUACCCUGGAGGAUCUGAUAGUGCAGGACUUCAGCCAGGUUGAAGAUGACUACAAUGCACCGUUAAUGUUCUUCCACCGCGUAGACCUUCACACUGCGUUGAAAGACAUGGCUGUAUCUCGUGAUCUUCCGGGAACGCCUGUGGUGAUCAAUAAUGGGCACGCAGUUUCAAGUCUAAAUUGUGAGGAUGGGACCGUUGUUUUGGCGAAUGGUGAUACAUGCCACAAAGAUCUCAUUGUCAUUGCUGAUGGUGUUCGAACCAAACUCGUCAACAACAUCACAAAAAAGGACGAAAAGCUCGAAGAAACCGGCUUCUCAUUCUACCGCUGUCUGAUCCCGUUCGACGAAGCAAAGAAAGAUGCAGAUCUCGCAUCCAUCUUCAAAGACCAAGAACCAGGUUUCUGGGUACCUUUCGAGCUCUCGACUGGCACAUAUCUAGUUACAUAUCCAUGUCGGGAUCAGAAGAUGCUCAAUGUUGCAUUCAUGCACAAAACCAAGCCGAAUAAUGAACACGCUGAAGAUUGGAACACCGAUACGAAUAUUGAUGAUGUUAUUGCCAUGGUUGAGAGAUUUCAUCCGUCGUUACCGAAGCUGUUUGAACUGACGUCGAGUCUUUCUGUGCACAAGGUCUUUCGUCGGGAGCCUCUUGAUACGUUCACCCGAGGGAGGGCUGUGAUUAUCGGCGACGCUGCUCAUCCCAUGCAGCCACAUCACGCUCAAGGUGCAGUCCUCGCAAUCGAAGAAGCAGCCGUUCUCGAAGCCUUGUUCACCAGUGUUCAAGAAGCGACCCAAGUCCCCGAGCGUUUGGGGUUGUACAAUGACAUUUUGAAACGACGCAUUCAUGUGACUCAGCUGCUAUCAGAUGCACAACCAGGCGUUGCGGGUGAGUUCCGUCAGCGUGCUGAUGACAUAUGGGGUGAAGGCUUGUUUUCUGUGACGGAUAUGAAUUUUACAAAACCUGUGAUGGACUUUUUCUAUGCAUGGGAUGUGAAGAAGGAGGCGGGGGGUAUCCUGGGGGCAAAGGACUAA